AUGUUUUUUGGACUUUUACUACAGCUGACGUUACAAUCCCAACUAAAAAGAAUGGUAUUAGAUUAUGAGUGGGUUGGUAGUCUUAUAUCUUUACUUAUAUUCGUAGGUAUUUGUGUUUUGGUUACCUGGUGCAUUUGCAGAUUUUGCUGCCAUAAAUGCACUCCUAAGCAAGAUCAUGUAUUAUCAGGUGCAGGACAUAAUGAUCAACAGAGAGCCCAAACAGUGGAGGUUAAUGUCAAUACACAACCUCAGCCACAGUACUAUUCUCCCGAUCCAAACUACUAUAAUCAGCAGCAACAGUACCCACAGCAACCAUAUCCACAACAGCCAUACCCUCCACAACAAUAUCCACCACAAUAUGCAGAUCCAUAUGUACCACAGCCACAGCCAAAUCCUGAAAAUCCAAACGGAGCACCUCAAUACGACCCUCAGCAGCCAUACCAAGGCCCUCCACCACAACAAUAUCCUCCAACUUACUAUCCACCUCCUCCACCACCUUCUCAGCCAGGCCAAGCUCCCCCGGAUAAUGAUAACCCAUACAAUAUGUAA